AGGCCCUGCUGGCUGUGGGAAACACACACACACACACACUCACACUUGCUAGAUUUCCCCCCAUUUGUGACUGACCUCUGCGCAGCCAUUGGUCAACUUCCUUCCUGCGAGUGUUUCCUGGCGCACGUUGUGUCAUGGCAGAACCCCGUCAGUAAGGGAAGCAGCAUCUGUUCGGCACUAACACACACACACACACACACACACAUUCACCAGCAAACUCCCGUCACUGGUUUGAGUUUCCUGGCUCCACAGCUGCUCCGACCCUGCCCUCCCCUGCGUCUCUUCCUUCGCGGGUCUCCUCGGCCCACUCCACUCCUCGGCUCUCUUCCCUGCGGCUGCGUGUGCGUCUCUGGGUGAACAAUGUGUUGCUCGGUGGGCUUCGCCAGGACUCUGGGUCUGGCACUGCUGCCUCUGGCCCUCUGCUGUAUCCUUGCCAACCUGCUGCUGCUGUUUCCUAUGGGGGAAAUCACCUACAUCCAGCAGGACCGCCUGGCCAGCUACAUCUGGUACUUUGGUGGACUAGGAGGCGGAGGAAUCCUGAUGCUGCUUCCGGCUGUUGUCUUCAUCACUCUGGGGAAAUGUAGCUGCUGCUGGAAUGAGAGUUUAAUGAUGUGCGGCUCCGUGCUGGCAGCUGUCGUCGGCCUCGUGGGCUCCAGCUACUGUUUCGUCAUGUCGGGGUUCGCCUUGGUGCAGGGGCCGCAGUGCUUCACCUCGUACGGAUGGUCGUACCCGUUUGCAGACAAGGGGGGCAGGUAUCUGCUGCAGCCAGAGACGUGGUCGCAGUGUCUCCAGCCGCUUCACAUCGUGGAGUGGAACGUGGCUCUGCUGUGCAUUUUGCUGGGUUUGGCCGCGCUGGAGUUCAUCAUCUGUCUCCUGCAGCUCGGCAACGGUUUGGUCAACGCCGUGUGCCGGCCCUGCUGCUAUAAGCAGGAGUACAGUCUGAAUAUGUAGACAAACACACACACACCCUCACCUGCACAGACGUACUAGUUGUGCACGUGAACAUUUAAAAAGCCUCAUCGCCUAUAGCACCAUGUGUGUGUGUGUGUGUGUAUGAGUACAACACAACACACUGUUUAGACACAUUCACACAUGCUCUGUCAUGGACGUCUGACAACCAUGUCAGCUGUGUGUGACCAUUUCCAAGUUUGCAGUCAUCGAUUUGUGUGUGUGUGUGUGUGUGUGUGUGUGUGUGUGUGUGUGUGUGUGUGUGUGUGUGUGUGUGCGCGUGCGUGCGCGUGUGUGUGUGUGUUCUGUCCACUCCACAGGAAAAGCAGGAUGUACUUCAUUAUAUUUGGAGUGUCAGUGAUAAUUACAGUAACAAUCUAGAAAUAACAAUCUAAUGUAGUGCACAGGACAAUGGGUCGCACAGAGUUUAUAGCGUAAUUGUCACGCAACACAGCCUGUUGCGUGACAACUUUAGUCCUGACAAAAAAAGCUUCCAUCAUGAAGUACAGUGAAGUGUCCUUUUCUGUUGGAUUAUGUGUUACAAGCAGAUGUGUGUGUGUGUGUGUGUGUGUGUGCGUGUGCGUGCAUUUGUUCUCAGUCUCACAGUAUUUUGUUGUAAAUUGUCUUUAUUUCCUUCAGAUCCUAGUUAAGUGUUAACACAUUUUAUAUAUAUUUUAGUGACAUAUUUUUAUAAUGUAUGUUUCUAUGUGCUGCCUUGAAUAAUAAAAAAACAACUGUUUCCAUUUAUA